ACACUGCUCAGACUGCUGCUUGUGCCGCCGUUACCCCUACUUAGUACCUGUUAAGCUCCCGCGGUAUGUUCCGUGCGCAACGCAACUCCCAAAAAUUUAACCAGCAACUCCUACCCAGCCAUCACUACUCGAAUAAUCCGGCCAUACAUACUCGCAAUCCUUAACGUUUCUCAUCCUCUCUAUCUUCGCGUUCUUCUGACUAUCUCCGUAUUGCCAGGAUGUCAGAUUCGAAUCUCACAAGACCCGGUACCAUUGCUGCCAUCUCCAUUGGCGUCAUCGCCAGUGGAGUACUCGCAUAUGCCGCCUACUUCGAUCACCGGCGGCGUACCGACCCAGACUUCCGUCGGAAACUAAAACGUGACAGUAAGAAAACACAACGAAUGGCCAAGGAGGCCGAGGAGGCUAGCGAGAAGGAGCAAAAAGAGGCCGUUCUCGCGGCGCUGCAGAGGGCAAAGGAUGAGGGCGUACCCGCAAAUACCGAUGAAUGGGAACAAUUCUUCAUGACGGAAGUCGCAAGAGGCGAACAGAUGUGCCAGGAUGGCUCCGAUCCCGUUGACGCGGCGUCGUGCUUUUACCGCGCGUUGAAGGUGUAUCCGCAGCCGAGAGAGCUCAUCAAUAUUUACGAUAAGACAGUACCGAAGCCUGUUCUCGAUAUUCUGGCCAUGAUGAUCGCAUAUGAUCCCAGCAUUUCAACCAAGGCUGGAAGCAGUGCUUCUUCAGACGACGGCAUGCCCAUCGAACCCGUUGAAUAGUCUACAGCUCCUCAUGACACAGUAUCGGUUACAACGCCUACGAACAAGCUCAUCGUGGCGUUCGAUAGUUCGAGACCAAUCACACUAUCUCCACUUGUACAAUUGCCUGUAAAUAUAGAUUUUGGCUUAUCAUUCGGUGCACAUGAACAGGCGAUGUCAUUUAUGAUAGGAUAGAGGGUAGGGCUGGUUGAAUACCUGGGUUCCAUCUUUGCAGGGAAUGAAGAACACGUGCUUUGUAAUAGGUGGUCAACUUCUUAGAUGUAUUUCAGAGACCUUCGACUCUUCAGUUCGUCACGAAGACAAUAGCAGAAAACCACGAGUACAGUUGAUUUUGUCUACUGUGAGGACACAUAAGCGC